CGAAUAUCCGUAUCCCUCUCGCUGUCGCCCAAGCAAUCGACUCUCGACUCUCACAUGAUACAUGAUCAACUACUCGCCGGUUCUUUCAAGGAAACUGGGACCAGACCUUCUUCAACACAAGAAGAGCAUAAUUAUCAAUUAUCCCGGAAUAUCCUUCGUAUUACCCGUUUCUAGCGCCAAGACCCUUUGGUGUUUUAGUCGGUCUUCAACUUUUCAUCCUCUACGAUUGUGAGAAAUGAUGGCCGAAAGGUUGUCGCAUUGAAUUUCUGACCAAUGGCAGCCUGCGUUUUAUCUGCCACCCCUUUCAGCCUCAUGACAUCCCUGAAAAGUUGCCAAGGCCUUUUGGGAGUGGCCUGUGAGCCCCUGGAAGUCCGGCUGGUCGGUCCAGAUGCAGACACGUUCCACAAUGGUGGAUGGCACCGCGACCUGGUCCAAGUUUCCACUUUGUAUCCAACCAGACCACUGCCGUCCAACUCAAAAAGUUUCCCUCCCAGUGGAUUCAAACCCCAAUCCGCACGGAGUCUACGGAUGUGGUGAUGCCUCUCCCGUGAUGCACUAUUCUUGUUCAAACUUUUAGCUCCCCUGCUUUCAUCCCGCCAUCUGUCUGUCAGCCCAGCUCUAUCGACCAACAUUCGCCCCCUUCCUCACCCCCAUCGCAGCAGCCAUUGAUGUCUUUCGGUCUGGAUCUCAGCUUUCGCUAGGGCCCGUUGCGCCCAGGCCAGGCAUUUGGCAUAUCUACACGUCCUCCUGAUCCUGAACACACCGCCAGAAUCGAAAUGGAUCGCUUUACUCGAACGAAUGGCGGCGAUGCGCUGCCGAUCUACCACAACUCCCCUGUGCCUGCGCAGCUCACCAUACCUCAGGCCGGUGACCGCCCCCCAUCUACCUCACCACGGACGACGUCUGCACAAUCAAGAAGCAUUGCCAACGAAUAUUCUUACCAAAGCCCCGCCGAAGUCGCAUCUCGAUUAAAUACGUCGUUAACUCAAGGCCUGACGGCUGCGGAGGCCCUUUCAAGGCUACGCGACUAUGGCCCAAACGAAAUACCUCACGCCGAGCCUGAGCCAUUAUGGUUGCGGUUUCUCGGGCAGUUCAAAGAGCCCCUAAUUGUCUUGCUGCUGUGCUCGGCUGGGCUGUCAUUGCUGGUAGGAAACAUGGACGACGCUGUCAGCAUCACAGUGGCGGUGACCAUUGUGAUUAGUGUGGGGUUCUUGCAAGAAUAUCGUUCCGAAAAGUCUAUCGAGGCACUCAACCACUUGGUUCCGAACCAUGCGCAUCUUGUGCGGAAACAAACAUCGGGUACGACCCCUGGGGCCCGCACCCCAAACGAACCGACGGCCGGCGCUUCAGGAUUAGCGACGCCCGAGGAGGAGGUUCUCGAGGCUACUUCAUCAAAAGUCAUGGCCGCCCAGCUUGUACCUGGUGACCUCGUUCUCUUCACCACUGGCGAUCGUAUCCCUGCCGACAUUCGAGUCACCAAAGCUGCGGACUUGACCAUCGACGCCUCAAACCUCACAGGAGAGAAUGCACCUGUCAGGAUCACAGCAGAUGCUCGCCCCCGCCAAGGCUUCGCAUCACCUGCUCCAGGCGAUGCCAGCCUUCAGCUGCCUCGUCCAACUUUUGCGGCAGGCAAUGCGGACGACAAGGGUCAAAAUAUUGCGUACAUGGGAACACUGGUAAAAUCUGGACAUGGACAAGGAAUUGUAUUUGCGACUGGAGGUGAUACCCACUUUGGCACUAUUGCCACCAGUGUCUCUGGAACUGAAAGCCCGCGGUCCCCUCUCCAGCUCUCCAUGGACGACCUAGGAGGCCAGCUGACACGCAUGUCGUUUGGAAUCAUUGGUCUGAUCUCCAUAUUUGGAUGGUUGCAGGGAAAGAACCUGCUUGAAAUAUUCACCAUCUCCGUCUCACUGGCUGUUGCGGCUAUUCCUGAAGGUCUUCCCAUCAUUGUCACGGUCACCCUGGCUUUGGGUGUUCACCGGAUGGCUAAACACAACGCCAUUGUCCGUCGGAUGCCGAAAGUUGAGACGCUGGGUUCUGUGAAUGUGGUCUGCACAGACAAAACGGGAACACUGACAACGAAUCAUAUGACAACGACCAAGAUUUGGACAUUUGGCAGUGACGAUGCCUUCAAUGUUGAUUCGGAUGAAGAAUUGACGGGAAAGGAGCCCGACGCUGCCACCCACAGGAUCUUGCGCAUUGGCAACAUUGCCAACAAUGCCCGUCCUGCGAGAAAUCACAAUGAAAAUGGACCUGCUGCCAGAGCCGUCUUUUCCUCCACGCAACAUAGAGGUCAAGGGUCGUCAUCAUACACCCGUUGGGUAGGACAGCCCACGGAUGUUGCUAUGCUUGACCUGUUGGAUCGGUUCAGUUUACAUGACGUCCGUGACUCCCUUGGACCUCGAGUUGCUGAGACGCCAUUCAGCUCUGAGCGCAAGUGGAUGGGCGUCGUCAUUGCAGACGGAGAUAAGGAACAUGCAUAUAUGAAGGGCGCGAUUGAUCGAGUCCUCGACACUUGCGAUACAUACGUGACAGAUGAUGGGCGGGAGUUCGUCAUGGAUGCUGGUCGCAGGGAAGAGGCUAUACAGGCAGCCGAGAAGAUGGCUAGGCAAGGCCUCCGUGUCCUUGCUUUUGCCAAUGGUCCGGUAAAUAAGUCUGCUAGGAGCAAAGCUGCCAGGAGCACCACUCCGAAUGGCCGGGAAAGUCCAAAUGCUGUUGGCGCUGUUGAAGAGCAGUACCGGGGACUUACUUUUGCCGGACUUGUAGGCAUGAGUGAUCCCCCUCGACCUGGUGUCGGCCGCUCUAUCAGAAAACUGAUGCGAGGCUGUGUCAAGGUUAUCAUGAUUACUGGCGACGGCGAAUCAACCGCUUUGGCGAUUGGCAAGCAAUUGGGAAUGGCGGUCGCCGUUCCCACAGAACACUCUUCGAAUCAGAUCACCGUCAAGCCAGUAUUGCGGGGUGAUGAGCUUGACGAGAUGUCCGAUGAAGAUCUUGCUCGAGCUUUGGAUCACACCACUAUCUUUGCCCGCACCACCCCCGAACACAAAAUGAAGAUCAUUCGCGCUCUCCAGUCUCGUGGUGAUAUUGUCGCCAUGACGGGAGAUGGAGUCAACGAUGCACCUGCCCUCAAAAAGGCGGAUAUCGGCAUUGCCAUGGGCAUGCAUGGAACUGACGUCGCCAAAGAGGCGGCUGAUAUGAUUCUAACGGACGACGAUUUCUCUACUAUUCUUCACGCUAUCGAGGAGGGCAAGGCCAUCUUCAACAAUAUUCAGAACUUCCUCACCUUCCAGCUGAGCACAAGCGCGGCCGGCCUCUCUCUUGUCUUGAUCUGCACCGCUUUGGGGUUCAAGUCUCCAUUGAACGCGAUGCAGAUUCUGUGGAUCAACAUCAUAAUGGAUGGGCCUCCGGCGCAAUCCCUCGGCGUCGAAGCUGUAGACAAGGACGUUAUGAACCGCCCUCCUCGCCGCCGAAACGAUGCGGUCCUUACUCGCCCGUUGGUUUCUCGCGUGUUGACCCAAGCGUUUGUCAUUAUGGUUGGCACGAUGCUGGUUUACACUCACGAAAUGCAAGACGGCAUCGUCACCCGUCGGGACACCACCAUGACCUUCACCGCUUUUGUGAUGUUUGACAUGUUCAACGCUCUUGCCUGCCGUUCCGAAUCGAAAUCGAUCUUGAGAGGAGAAGUUGGGCUGUUCAGCAACACUCUGUUCAACUGGGCCGUGAGCUUGAGUAUGUUGGGGCAGCUGCUGGUGAUUUACUUCCCUUGGCUGCAGGAGGUGUUCCAGACGGAGGCGCUGGGGUGGAGGGAUCUGGCGAAGCUGGUGGUGCUGUGUAGCACUGUGUUCUGGGUGGAUGAGGGGAGGAAGUGGCUGAAGUAUGGGAAGGGGAAGAUUGGGUUGGGUGGGAGGACAGGGGGUGGGUAUAGUCAGGCUGUGUGAUGGCAUUGAAUAUUGGGAUGGGAUGGUUUGUUUUAAAGGGGGGAUGGCGGGGUCGGUGGUCUUAAUAAUUAUCAUUGGUGAAAUGAACAUAUAUACAUGAGCAUUCCGGUGAAUUGGCAUCCAAAGAAGCAUUGUCCCCUUGGGUUUGGGGACGGACGCGGGGGUUAUAAGGGGU